AUGAGUGUCUAUAGGAUAGGUGCAUACGUGAUUCUCCAAAUGUUCGAUGUAAGCGUGUAUAUGCCACUCUACGCUAUUCACGGAGAUGCUCAUCUGGGAGAGAAGCUUACUCUGAAUGAUGUUAAAAUUGAAGCCAAGAAUAGCCCAGACCUUUUUAGACAUUUAUCAAGGAAUAACGAGGAAGAAAAAGACUAUUAUGUAGAUAGCCUGGAAAUAUAUAAGAUCGAAGGCAAGGAGGAAGUGGAUAGACUAAAUGGUAGGGUAUCCAAGGAUGUUAUCUUUGGGACCAUGGCAUUCGACUUUUCUAUGCUUAAGGCGAUUCUGAGCCAGGAGACCCAAAAGAAUACAGGCCAUUCCCCGGAAAUAAGGAUAAAGAGUAUCGAGAUCAGGGUACCUCUUGCAAUUCAGAUCUUCCUUCAUAUACCGAUUGUGCUGGUGGCUGUAAUAGUGUUCUACUUAUUUUUGUCGUUUGGGGCUGAGGAAGGAGGAGGGUUAUCUGAAAAGGAGAUAGAAAAGAUACCGUUAUGCCCAUACUCUAGCCAAGAAUUUAUAAGUAGGGGUUGUAUUAUUUGCUUAGAGGACUUUGAGGAUGGGGGGUGUGUACGAAAUCUUGGAUGCGGCCAUGUGUUCCACAGGGAAUGCAUUGACAAAUGGCUUCGCAAGAACUUUGUGUGCCCCGUCUGUAGGAGUAGGAUGACUUUAGGAUGCGGCAAGCAAGGAUAUGAGCGGAGAAGAGUCCAUAUCUUAUAG